GUGCACACGACACGAGAGAACACGAGCAAAAGUAAAGCCAGCGAAAAAGACAAAGCAGUCCACAACUCCAAACCAAACCCGGAAUAAGGUUUUUAGCACAGUAAUCAUUUCCGGGCCUUCCCGCCGGUGCCUUUCCCCGCUGCUUUCUCUCCUCCUCGUGAAUUGUAAAAAGGGCGUUUCCAACAUUCAGCGGAGUUGCAGAAAAUCUAGCCAUGUCGGAGAAAGGAGGAAAAGGGUUUUUUUGCCUACUGGCAAAGCAGUAAAAUCUUCACUGAAAUCUACCCCUUCUACAAAGGACGGUCUGCUUUUUCUUCGCUCUUUACUUUUUUAAACUUCUUCCUUGAAAGGGAAGGAUGAUAGCUCAACAAAGUCCAAGAAGGGGAGAAAAGUCCAGUUCGAUUCUGAAGCUGAUUGGGGCAAAGGGGGAAAAGGAGACAAGAAAGAAAGAACCACAGCCACUGGAGCUCAAAAUUGAGCAGGAACUGCCACAGAGUGCCAAAUGUCUGAUGGAUUGUGAGGCUGCGGAUAUAUUACAAGGAAUCCAGGAGCAAAUUAUCCUGUUGUCUAAAGAUCCUACUAUUAAAAUCCCUGUAUCAUUCGACAAGGGACUGCAGUACACCAAAAGAACCAGCCAUUAUACCAAUCCCCAAUCUGUCAGAAAAGUUCUUGAGACUCUCACAAAAUAUGGUGUCUCAGAUGGCGAGAUAAGUGUGAUUGCCAAUGUUUGUCCCGAAACCACUGAUGAAGUUUUUGCUCUAGUACCAUCCUUGAAGGUAGAGUAAUGUUCAGAAGAAGAUUGUAAUUUGUGGCUAGUAUUUUCUUUGACCGUAUUGAAUGAUCCAGAUAGAAAAUUUUAGUUUAAAUA